UAGCUGCAGAUCAGAGCACAACGGCGAGCCAUUAACACUGUUCACAAGCUCCGAGACGUGGGAAAGAUGGACUAAUGUUUGUGCAAGAGACAGAAAAGCUGUUUAUGGAUGCGUUGAACUCCAAUCUUCUUCUAGAAGUGCUGCAUGGUAAGGACACGAUGCACACUUCUGUCUCUCUUUAAGGAAUCUCUGAUCCUUGGAGGCAUGGACUGCAUAUUAUUCCAACCUUCCCGGGACUCUUGCUUUAAGAUUUUGGAGCAUCUUCUUGUAGCUUGUUUCUAAGAGAAUAAGGGAUAUCUGUGUCACACACUGAUUUGAUCACUACCGAAGGUUCAGUCGAGGGUUCCUUCAGUUCUCUGUCCGUUUCUCUCUCUCUCGUUUCGUCUCUUUGUGAUCAUGCACUAAAAUCAUCAGUUCAUACAUUGAGGGCACACCUGUCUCUCAAAUUCACUCACUCGUGUGGAUGUAAGCAGAACUCUGCAGCCCGGAUUUUAAGCACCUUUGUCAUUUGUCCAGCAUGGAUAAAAGGAUUCCUGUAUACUUGCUCGCACAUUGAAUCUGCCUGCAUAUGACAAGGUGAAAAGGGUUCUGAAGACGUUAGGCUUAAGGCGCUUUCACUAAUCUCUCAGCCUGGGACAGCAGGCACGUUUUCUUCGCUUCUGAGUAAUUUCCAGAUUUCUGAAGAGAGGAUGCUGCAGGAGACUAGUGUUAGAGUAACCCCAACCUGAACACUCCUUACCCGUCCGGUCCUCCACAAUCCCAUGAUGCUCUGCCCGUGCCGAGGGAAGCUGAAGCUGCUGGUGGUUUCUCUCAGUUUCAUCAUCCUGUUCACCUGGCUCUACCUGCUCGUAGGGAACUCAGAAAACGGGCGCUCCCUGCUCCUCUCCGCGUGCCUGGUGGAAUCCACAGAAGCUAGGCUGCUGGAACGGGACGUCCUGGCAUCACGGGUUCGAGAGGUGGAGGAAGAGAACCGGCAGAUCCGGCUACAGCUGAGCCAAUCGCAGGGCCUGGCUGCCCAGCCUGCUGAGGGUAACUAUGGCAACCAACAGUGGGUGGCGUCGGCGGAUACCGGUCCGGAGGAUGUGGAGAACACGGCCGAGGAACGAGCCAAUCACAGCGAAUGUUCUCGCUCGCCCACUGCGGAGAAGUGUGAGUUGAUUCACGUGGCAUGUGUGUGUGCUGGUCAUAACGCCAGUCGGGAUGUGGUCACUCUGGUCAAAUCCAUCCUGUUCCAUAGGAGGAACCCCCUGCACUUUCAUUUCAUCACCGACACGGUAGCCAAUCAGAUCCUCAGCACUCUCUUUCAGUCGUGGAUGGUGCCGUCCGUACAAGUCAGCUUCUAUGAUGCGGAUGAACUGAAAUCGGAAGUGUCAUGGAUACCAAACAAACACUAUUCAGGAAUUUAUGGCCUGAUGAAGCUCACCCUCACCAAAGCUCUGCCAUUCAACCUUUCAAAAGUCAUCGUCCUCGAUACGGACAUCACCUUCGCAACUGACAUCGCCGAGCUGUGGGCCAUCUUCCGCAAGUUCACCGAGAAACAGGUGAUUGGUCUGGUGGAGAAUCAGAGUGAUUGGUACCUCGGUAAUCUGUGGAAAAACCACAAACCUUGGCCAGCCCUCGGACGGGGCUUUAAUACAGGUGUGAUUUUACUCUACCUUGAGAAACUGCGCAGGAUUGGCUGGGAACAGAUGUGGAGACUGACAGCGGAGCGGGAACUAAUGAGCAUGCUGUCAACAUCUUUGGCAGACCAGGAUAUAUUCAAUGCAUUCAUAAAACAAAAUCCAGUUCUGGUGCAUCAGCUUCCCUGCUUCUGGAAUGUACAGUUAUCAGACCACACCCGCUCUGAACAGUGCUACACAGAAGUGUCGGAUCUGAAGGUCAUUCACUGGAACUCUCCCAAAAAGCUGCGAGUAAAAAACAAGCAUGUGGAAUUUUUCCGUAAUCUUUACUUAACGUUUCUGGAGUACGACGGGAAUCUUCUUCGGCGAGAACUCUUUGGGUGUCCCAACCAGGCCAGCUCAGAGAGCAUAGCGCUUCAGCAGGCACUGGAGGAGUUAGAUGAGGAUGACCAAUGUUAUGACUUCCGGAGGGAGCGAAUCAUGUUGCACAGGGUUCACCUGUACUUCCUGCAGUAUGAAUAUACACCUACAGAUGAUGGCACGGACGUCACACUGGUCGCACAGCUCUCUAUGGACAGACUGCAGAUGCUGGAGGCCAUCUGUAAACACUGGGAGGGUCCAAUUAGUUUGGCCCUGUACAUGUCUGAUGCCGAAGCCCAGCAGUUUCUGCGCUAUGCUCAGGCAUCUGAAGUGCUCAAGAACCGCAAGAAUGUGGGUUAUCAUAUCGUUUAUAAGGAGGGGCAGUUCUACCCUGUCAAUCUGGUACGCAAUGUGGCACUCCGCAAUGCCAACACGCCCUACGUCUUUUUGACCGAUGUAGACUUUCUUCCCAUGUACGGACUCUACGAUUACCUCAGAAAAAGUAUUGUCCAACUGGACAUGGCCAAUACCAAGAAGGCCCUGGUCGUACCUGCAUUUGAGACGUUGAGAUACCGCCUUUCCUUCCCCAAAUCUAAGGCUGAGCUGCUGUCAAUGUUGGACAUGGGGACUCUCUAUACCUUCAGGUAUCAUGUAUGGACGAAGGGUCAUGCCCCAACCAAUUAUGCCAAAUGGAGGACAGCCACAACUCCAUACAAGGUGGAAUGGGAGGGAGAUUUUGAACCCUACGUUGUUGUACGACGAGACUGUCCUGAGUAUGAUCAGAGAUUUGUAGGCUUUGGCUGGAACAAAGUAUCUCAUAUCAUGGAGCUUGACGCUCAGGAGUAUGAUCUCAUUGUCUUACCAAAUGCCUUCAUGAUCCACAUGCCCCAUGCACCAAGCUUUGAUAUAUCGAAGUUCCGAUCCAGUCCAAGUUAUCGUUACUGCUUGACAACCCUAAAGGACGAAUUCCAUCAAGACCUUUCUCGAAAGUAUGGUUCUGCUGCUCUCAAGUACCUCACAGCACAGAGGAACAUCUGAAACCUGUUUCAAAUGUACUUUAGCAAACAGGAGAAUGGCUUGACUUAGCCUUUUUAAGCUUAGAGGCCAACAUGCUGCUCUGGUACAGGUGUAGGUGUCUAAGGAACAAGCUGUCCUGCUACAAACCCAUGUCUCUACUGAGUACAGACUAUAAAAUCUGAGCUUUAAUUAUUGUUUGUUAUAGAAAUUCAUACAGCAGCAAACUGUGAAAACCAAUGACAUCAGCAGCACACCCUUCUCAGAAUGGAUUAUGCCAAACGGGGUGAUGAAAACCUGACCAAACCUUUUAACCGUUUCAGCACAACGUAACAAAGGACAUCAGUAUGCAUUUGUGGAACGUUGUGAUGAGUCAGUUGCUCUACAGCCUGAAGACAACGGUCAUGAUCAAGACCUUUUUUUGACAAUCAGGGCUUUUUCUUUACUACAGAUCUAUGGCUAGUGGUCCAUGCUGCUACACAGCUUUGAACCUGACUAAAACCAUCCUAUGGAAUAUCAAAAGAGUGGAAAUUAACUUGAAAUAAAUGAGCUUUCCAAAUAUUCUUCUGCUGGACUGAAGUGUGGGAAGGGCAACAAGACAAAGGAACAUUUAAGCCUUAUAAUUUCCUUGAUAUUUAAAAUAUUUAAAAUAUUUUUCUUUGUUUUUAAUGAAGAUGAAAAAAGUGACUGAUUUACAGCCUAUGUAUGUUUUACAUUAUGAAAAAAAACACAUUAUUUUUUGAUUUAGAGACACUUGUGGACGUUGAAUGCUUGAUAGAUCUACAGAAAGUAUUUGUGUGUUGUCCUGGGGUUCUGAAUGUUAGAAAGACAUUUCUGUUAAGAAUGAUCAGUCUUCUGGUUAUGUAUAAGUGCUGCAUUUAUAAUUGUCACAUGAAAACGGCGCAUAUUAUAAGAUGCUUGACAUCCCGAAUCAUAGCAUAUGCCACUUUCUUAUCCUGAACCUACACCCCCAACUUCGUUGGGAAACUUCUUUUGCUUUACAGAUUUGCACUUUGUACUUUUACAGAAAACUAACAAUAUCAAUAUAAGCAUAUAAUUCUGUGUACAUUGACAUGGAGAUCCACACGAGGGACCAUAAGGAAAUGCGGCACCUGUUUCAGAUAUUUUCUCAAGGACUCAAUAACUGUUGUCAGUUAUAUAAUACACUUCUGUUAGGAUCAAACCUAUGUCAUAUUCUGGUCAGCCUCCAAUUGGAUAGGAUGAAUAUGAAAAAAAUUACAACCUGGAGCUACAGUAAUGUGAAAGCUUGUAUCAGUCUUUGUACCAAUCACUGUCACAAUGUAAUUCCCAGUAUAUCCCAUCUAAGUAACUCUUCUCUGGGUCAUAUUGAGUUCACCCUUCUUUCGCCAUCCAUGCCCUGGCACUCCAUCAGACUGUGCAGAUUUACGGUAAAUACCCGUGCCUUUGCUGUGUUGCGAAAACUGGAUAUUGAUUGUACUACUGUACGCAUCAGCGGGGCCUGCGAGUAUACAGGUACUCUAUUUAUUAUUGUUGACUUAAAUCAAUCAUAUUUUUCUAUGUAGGGGACAAAAGUGCUUUAAAUAAAUUUUCCCUGUUUCUAUAAA